AUGGGGAACCGUCGCUAUAUACCACCUGAGCAAAAGCAGCUCGUAAUCACCAUGUCUAUGUCCAUGAAACCGAGGGAGAUAGCAGAAGUGACGAAGAUGGGAAGAUCGACCGUGAGCCGUAUACUAGCCCUCUGGCGCGAUACCGGAGAGGUCGAACGCAAACCGCCAGAUCUGGGACGACCAAGAGCACUGACCUCUGUGGAAGAAAUGUACCUCGAAAGUCUCAUCGAGCGAAGACCAGACACAUACCUGUCGGAACUGCAGGACUCCCUCCUAGAUGCAUGUGGCAUUUCGGUAGAUCAGCGAACAAUAUCGCGGACUCUCAAACGGAGGGGGUUCACUAGAAAGGUGGUACGUUCGCCGAGCUAA